GAGUGUUAUUGGCGGCAUGGGAAGCUACAUUUUCAGCACUUUUUCACUUUCUCUCUCUCUCUUUCUCUCUCCUUGUAUUUAAUUGACAAAUCGUAGAAAAAUAAUAUUUAACUUUCUGAUAUCUAAAUUUGUAACGUAAAUUAUCAGUUAUCAAGUGUUCAAAAGAUUCUUCUUGUUGAAAUACAAAAUAGACAGGUGACUGACAUUGCUGUUCGGAUUUUUCGACAUGGCCUGCAGAUGGUCAUCCAAGCUGAUCGAAAGCUGUAGAACCAAGUUAGGAUCUGAUCCACAUUUUGCUCGACAUAAGGCUCGAUUUAUGUCAGGCGACCGGUUAAGGAUGUCAAUCUCCCCUGGUUGGAUUCAAGCCCAAACGAUCAGUAGUUCUCAGAGCCGACAUGAGUUUAAGAUUUAUACUCGAACUGGUGACAAAGGAACAUCAGCCUUGUUCACGGGAGAAAGACGGCCGAAAAAUGACCUUAUUUUCAACGCAUUGGGCAGCACGGACGAACUUUCUUCUCACAUCGCCAUGGCCAGGGAAUACGCUCUGGAAGGGGACCAUUCUUACUGUGAACGUUUGCUCAGGAUUCAAUGCAUUUUACAGGAUAUCUCGGCCGUUAUCGCCACACCAAAGUCGUCUGCACGGGAAGCUCAUUUAAAGAAGGUCGGAUUCUCGGAGCGUCACGCCACUGAAUUGGAAGAAUGGAUUGAUGAGUACACGCACGAACUGCCUCCUCUGCAGAAUUUCAUUUUACCAGGUGGUGGAAAAGCUAGUGCAGCGCUUCAUGUAGCGAGAACUGUUUGUCGACGAGCAGAACGUUGUGUUUCUCCAUUGGUUCUUUCAGGAGAAAUAGAUACACAAGCACUCAUAUAUCUGAACAGGUUGUCGGAUUUCCUGUUUACCGCUGCUCGAUAUGCAGCAAAGCUAGAUAAUCGUCAAGAAGAAAUCUACAUCCGUUCCGACCUAGAAGAACCUCCAAAGAAAGAGAAAUCAAAACCACUAAAUCCUAGUAAAAAAUAGUCAUCUUCUAAGGUCAAAAACCAGGC